UCCUUAAUCCUCAUUUGUACUACAUAUCUCUCUCUCUUCUCUGCUUGUGGUUGGUCUAGGGUUUUUGAUCAUCAUCUCUCAGGUGAAUAGGUCUUUGGUAUAAUCGCAUCUCAAUGUCUGCGAAUUCCAAGUUAGAGAGGGCUGCUUCUCAAUCGGCCGAUAAUACGGUGGCUGUCUCUAACCGUGUGGUGGCGUCACGGUCUAGUCGUCAGCCGCGGCUCUCUUUCUCCACCUUUGUUCAGUCAUCCGACAACGAUUACCCUAAGAAGAUGAAAUCCGAUGAGGUUUCUCCUAAGAGAGACGAAGCUCCGGUGUCGGCGAAGGAGAGAGAGGAAGCGGAGGAUGAGGAGGAGGAGGAGGAAGAGAAGAGGCCUUGGAAUCUUCGGCCGAGGAAGGCUUGUGGUGGUGGUGGUGGUGGUUUGAAGAAAGGAAACGGCGUACUCGCGGCGGAGGCGUGCGGCGGCGGAGGAGGUGCUUCGGAGGUGAAGAAUCAGAAAUCAGGCGGAGGAAUGGAGCCGAAAUCGAACAGGCAGAGAGGAAUCCCGGCGGAAUCACCCGGAUUAGGCGGUGGUGAGGUUGCGAAGGAGAAUCACAGGCUUUGGGUUGCUCUUUCUAGAGACGAGAUCGAAGAGGAUUUGUUCAGCAUGUGUGGGAACAGGCCAUCUCGCCGACCACGGAAGAGGACUAAAACGAUGCAGAAGUAUCUCGAUGUCAUUUUCCCUGGAUUGUGUCUCGUUGGGAUGAAUGCUGAUUGCUUCAAAGUUUCCAAUUCUCCGGUUAAGCGAUGAUUGGUGCAAAGUAGUCUCUUGGUGAAAGA